CAGAUAUAUUUUUUGGAGUUAAUUUCGUUUCUUUUUCUGUUCUUUCUAUCUACAAGGCGCCUUAUUUCUCUCCUUUUACCCUAGAAAUUGUAUUGUAAUUGUAUGUACACUUUGUCUACAUAAAGGUCUUCUCCUUGCAACUCCCCUUCUCAGCCUCCACAACCUCACUCUCUCUCUCUGUUCCCAUCUCUAUCUGUAUCUGGGUCUAAUCGCAUACAUCACAUAAAGAAGCAGAAAAGUUUGUUAUCCCCUCUAUUGACAAAACCCAUACCGAAAUCUCUGAUUGAUGAGAUUUUGUUGGGUUUUGGUCUCAGUAUCAUUGAUUCAUUAAAAAUGGCACAAAAUCUUCUAUGUGGAGAGAAUGUAAAUACUUGUUUUAAUGAUGAUCUUGAUUGCAAUGCCACAGAUGAGUUUGGGAAUUCCGUUUCAUGGCAAAAUCAUAAUCACAGCCAAGAACAUUGUAUGGACAAUGAUCCUUGUAAAUCUUUGAUGGGUUUUGUCAUCGAUAACGAUGAUACAGUUAAGGAUAUGAUUCGAAGGGAAAAAGAACUUUUGCCUAGAGAUGAUUAUCUUAAGAGAUUAAGAAGUGGGGAUUUGGAUUUGAGUGUUAGGAGGGAAGCUCUUGAUUGGAUUUUGAAGGCUCGAGCUCAUUACAAUUUUGGACCAUUGAGUGUUUGCCUAUCUAUGAAUUUCUUGGAUAGAUUCUUAUCACUCUAUGAAUUGCCUAAGGGGAUAGCUUGGACUGGGCAAUUGUUAGCUGUAGCUUGUUUAUCAAUAGCGGCAAAAAUGGAUGAGGCUAAAGUGCCUUUUCCUGUAGAUUUACAGGUAGGAGAUCCCAAAUUUGUGUUUGUAGCUAAAGCUGUACAAAGAAUGGAGCUUUUGGUAUUGACCACAUUGGAAUGGAGAAUGCAAGCUUUAACUCCUUGCUCCUUCAUAGACUAUUUCCUAAGCAAGAUCAAUGGCAAUCAACAGUCAACAUCACUUAUGAUUAAAUCAUUGCAAGUGAUAUUGAGCACAGUUAAAGGUAUUGACUUCUUGGAAUUCAGGCCUUCAGAGAUAUCUGCAGCUGUUGCAAUAUCAGUUUCAGGAGAAGACCAAACAGUAGACAUUGAAAAGGCAGUGCGUUGUUUCAGUUUCGUCCAAAUAGAAAAGGAUAGAGUGUUGAAGUGUAUUGAACUGAUUAAAGACUACUCAUUGAGUAGUGAUAAUGUGGGAAGAAGUGUCUCAGCUUCUUCAAGUGUGCCUCAGAGUCCAAAUGGGGUGUUGGAAGCUGCAUGCUUGAGCUAUAAAAGUGAUGAUAUAACAGUUGGGUCAUGUGCAAACUCUUCACAUAAUGACGUUAAGAGAAGGAAAAAAACCAUCAGCCCAUUUCAAGUGGAGCACAAGCCAUAAGAUCGUCAUAUAUUUAUUUAUUUAUUUCUUUUGUAUGUUCUUUGGACACACAACACAGGAAAGAGAGAGAGAGAGAGAGAGAGAGAGAGAGAAUUUUCUCUUGGAUGAAUAAAUAAAACAGUUUGUAAGAAAAUUCAAGAGCCUCCGUUGUUAGGCAAUGAGGUUAAUGUGUUGUCUUUAGGGAAUUAAACAUUUUUUCUUUUAUAUUUUAUUUAUUUAUACAUGUAUACACAGAGAGAAAGAGAGGAAAAGUGGAAAUAUAUAUAUAUA